AUGAUUUGGAGCAGCGAUCUAUGUUACAAGCUUUACUUCUGGCCAUUUUUGAACUAUCUGGCUGGUAUAAAAGGAAUUUGUCCAUAUUUUAUAGGUUAUUUUCCCUUUAUCACACUAGCGCCGGGUACUAUAUUGACAUCGCCUUCCACAGCUUCCACAACAACAUCCACCACAACGUCCACCACAAUCACGACGACGACAGCCGCUACAACGAUUCCGACGUUUUCGCCUACACCGCCAACCGUGACCACCCUGCAACCGUGUCCGGCACAACCAUUGGCGUGCUUGAAUGGUGGCGUGCCACCAAUAGCCUAUUGCCCCUGUAUCGAUCCAAGGCUAAGUGGACUGGCGGGUGGCACUGGAACUACCGCAGCGGCACUGCUGACUAGAUUCGGUCAGGCAUCACAGACGCAACUCCAAAGUGCAGGACAAUUGACUGAUCGGCUCACAUUUGCGCCAAUUAAUACACAAUCGAAUGGCGGUGCGGAAAGCUUACAACCACAAGCUAGUGGAUCUUCAUUGUCAAAUUCAUUUUUCAAUUUACCGUUUGGUGUGCAAAAUGGCGCGCAGUCGUCAGGACCAGUUGGCUCAGAAGUGAUGGUUUUCAGUUCGCUCAGACGACGCAGGAGGCGACGAAAGUGAAUGUAGGAAUUGAAGUUUAUGCGCAGUAAUAAAUUAGUAAUGUAGGAAUUGA